AUCACCAUCUAACGCUCCAAAAUUAACAUUGUCUACGUCUGUCCAUUAAUACCAACGGUCAAGAUUGCAGGGAACACACUUUCCUUUCUUGGUCGCUCCAUUUUUUGACACCCUCAAAGUUCCGUUCGGCUUGAGCAUCGAAACUCGAAGACCAUCAAUUGAUGAGCCGAUGGGAUCUGGAGAUGAAGUUGUGGAAAUUGAGAGUUUGGAGAGGGGUUUGUUAUCUGGUAAAGAGAUAGAAAAGGCUGAGGAUGAUAAUACUGACACUGUCUUAUAUACGGCGUCAUUUCAUGAGAAAGAAGACAAUUUUGUGAAAUAUCAAACCGCCCAAUGGGUAUUAUAUUCAUUGCUUUUGAUAUUGGCUUGGGGCAUUGGGUUGUUCAUGCUUUUGUAUCUGCCUGUGAGGAGAUAUAUACUGAGGAAAGAUAUCCGCUCCAGAAAGCUCUAUCUCACUCCAAAUGCCAUUGUAUAUAAAAGUACAAGGCCGGUUCCAUUUCCAUGUUUUGGGGUAUUGAAGAAAGAGAAGCAUGUUUUAUUGCCUUCAGUCAGGGAUAUUGUGAUUGAACAAGGCUAUUUGCAGUCUUUGUUUGGUGUAUACUCUCUUAGAAUAGAAAAUGUUGGUGUAAGAAGGCCUCCAAGUGAUGAUGUUCAAAUCCAAGGCAUAACAAAUCCAAGUGCUUUCAGAAAGGCUGUUUUGACUCGGCUUUCAAAUAUGAGGAGUGAGGUUUUCUCUAGGCAAGCUUCUGUGAUUGAAGACACACCAAAAACAAGUUAUUCAUUGUUUGGGAUGUCGCCAUCAAAAUCUGCAAGGCAGGAUGUAAGUCUAUAUUCAGGAGAUUUAGUACUACUUCAAAAACUUGAGGAGGUCGAAAGUUCUGUAAAGAGAGUUCAAAGCUUAAUGGAGGAACAACAAUGUCAAACAUCACAAUCUGUUGAUUAAGGUGAGUGUGUGAUUUAUUGUAUUGGAUUCCUGGUUUAUUGUGUCUGUUUUAUUGUACAUCUCUUUUGGUGCCAAGUGGUAAUCUAGAUGGACAUGUAUUAGAAUCAAUAUUAAUUUUUCUCUAGCAUAAUUAUCUAAUUCAUUCACGAUGUAAAAAAUCAUAUGUUCUAUUUUUUUUUUUGUAAUUCGUUUCAAUGCCUCUGUUACCUGUAUCGAUCACUUUGGACAAUCCAACCGACGGGCAGAUUUUUAAAUGAGAACAUUAUGUCACUCCAUAACAAAUAAUUUACAUAAGUUUUAUUGUCUAUUUGAUUA